AUGUGCAGUUACAAGGCCAUGGAAGAAUGCCGGAAGAAAGGAAAGGCCAAGGCAAUCGGCGUGAGCAAUUUCAGCAAAGCUGAACUGGAACGUAUCAUCAAAGAGACAGGCACUGUACCUGCCGUCCACCAGAUCGAAUGUCACCCAUGGCUACAGCAGGCCGGCUUCGACGCGUGGCAUAAAGAGAAGGGCAUUCACAUCACACAGUACUCACCAUUUGGAAACCAAAACGCUAUCUACACCAAAGGAGAGUCUCUCGGCAAGCUCAUUGAGGAUCCAACUCUGAACGAAAUCGGAAAGAAGUACAACAAGAGCGGAGCUCAAGUUGCUCUUGCGUGGGGCAUUGCGCAUGGCAAGUCGUGCCGCUCGGUAAUCCCCAAGUCCAAGACAGAGAACCGCAUCAAGCAGAAUCUGGAAGGUGACUUCAAGCUCGAGGCCGAGGACGUCAAGAAGAUUGAUUCACUCGACAAGAAGAUGCGGUUCAACGAUCCCUCUGGUAACUUUGGCUGGGACUUCUACAAAGACCUUGAUGGGAAGCAGUAG